CAGGAUCGAGGACCUCUCAGAUGCCCGGUUACUGUAGUGUUCAGGAACAGGGACAGCGAGAAUGAGGCAGGCCUAACCGUGUCAGAAGUUACAGCAGAAGGCUCUGCAGCAACCAAAGCAGAAGAAAUCCAUGUCUGCUGAAUUUCUGAUGGGGGAAGUGGAUGAGAGAGCUGCUGUGGAAGGCACUGAGAACCCUGCCUUCGAUGGCGGCUACAGUGCAGAGCUUUCAGCUUCUCAGGCUUCAGCAGGGAGAGAAAUUCAACCUGACAGGCAGGAUAGCACCCUUGCAGCUCACCAACAAAAAAUGGAGCUGCGAGCCCCUGCCAAAUCAAGAGUUUCCACAGGAAAUGAACGUGACCGAAAUUACUUUGACCCAUCGCUGGUGCGGGAAACCAACCCAAGGCGGUGCAGGACGACGGAGGACGGCGCAGAAGAUGAGCCGGAAUUAAAGAUAAUGAACGAAGAUGAAAAGCACCUGUAUCAGAAAAUGACUGAAAUGCUAGAUGCAGAAACAACCUUCAUGAACUUACCAGUGCUGGCCCAGAGGCCCGGGGAUCCAGCGCCGCGUGCCGGUUCUACAGGCCACGGGCGCUUCAUGGCGGGCGUGGCGGAGAGUGAAGAGGAGGUGAUUCCCCGCUACGCCCAGCAGCUGAGGGAGCUGCCUGACAUGAUUACGCUUGGCAGCCUUUCACUGGAACAGGUACCUCAGGGCCAGGCCCACAGAGCGGAUCACCAACUGGGAAGGACCAGGCAACACAGGCAGCUUGAAGCGGUUCUCGGUGCAGAGAGUCGGUUGCUGAAGGCGCCGGGGGAACGCAAAGGUGAAGUGAUCGCCAAAUACGACGAGAUGACAGAAGCUGCCUCCAUGGCAGAACCACCGUGGGCCAGGGAACCGGGCCCCGGCUGGCAGGUGGACCGGGGCCCCCAGCCCGUGGAGGUGUUUGUACGCUGCCUACGGGCCAUCAGGGACAAGCUCCAGAGGGGCCAGUACAGCAUCAGUGUGGACCUCCACGGCCACCUCGGGGUCCCCGCCAUCACCUGGUCCCGGCCGAAGGAGGAGCAGUGGGCUCGGCUCACGGAGCCCGUGGAACACGGGGGCCGCUUCUACGACACGGAGCUGCACGUAAACCAAAGCGUGUUCACUAUCCUGCCGGCGCCGUGUGAUCUUCGGCCUUCCAUGGUGCUGUUGUUCCGACUGUACGGCCUGCCGGGAGGGCAGAGCCACGUUGGCACCACGCUAGGCUGGGCUGCCUUUCCCAUCUGCCGAGCCUCCCUCACCAGUGUCCAGGGGCGCUUCAAGACCCCCUUCAUCAGGGGCCACCCGCACCCUGAUCUCAACCAGUUUAGGAAGAUAGAGGCUCUUAUGUCAUCGGACCUGGACAAUUGGCUGUGUAACAUGUACUUUGAGGUGAAGAACCUCCCCACUGGCAGCUCCAGGGGGCAAGAGGAGCGCAGCGUCACCCUGCAGAUCCCACCUCAAGCUCCCCAGCCGGGUCCAAGCAGUGCCAGCCCCGGUCGGGAGAGAAUCGCUGUUGAGCUCCCCACCACCGCGAUGUGCCACCGGGGGUCCCCUCUCCACCUGCCUAACUCCCACUCCUCCUCAGCCUGCUCCUCGCCCACACUGCCAGGGAAGACCUCCACGGGAACAAUUCCUGAGAAUGAAGAGAGGCGGGGUGGAGCAUCGACAGGGAAAGAUAAGACCAGGAUGCACUGCAAGCCCCAGCAGAAGGAGCCGAUCAACAAGAUGAAUGGUUUGAGACCCGGUGUGGGCGGGGAGCAGGGUGACAAACGGGCCACGACGGCUCAGGCUGCAGGGCCGGGGGACCAUCUCUCACCAGAAGACAUGGAGGAGUAUACAUUCUCCCUACAGCCCGUCAGAGGUCCGGCCGGUGUCCCUGGCAGUGGUAGCGGUGGUGGGGCCACUGAGCGUGCCCGUUUGGUUCUCCGCAUGCUCCCGUCAGAGCUGGGCCUGUCACCGUUGCGCCGAGGCUGGUGCCUGCACUCCUCCUCGGCAGCGGCGGCGCGGCUCGGCCUCAUUAUGCCGCUCCUGGCUUUGAUCUGGUUUGUGAGGCUCUACCUGCAUUACUGCAGCCAGUGGCUUUUCCUCCAGGCCAUCGCGGUUCCUGUCAACAAAUUCCAGUUCUAUGCUCACACCGUAGAGCUCGUCUACCAGAAUUCCUUGCUUCACACCCGCGAGGAAUUGGCCAUGGUGGUGGUGGGACCCCUGACCUUGAACGCCGCCACAAUGCUCCUACUGUUGAUCAGAUGGGCCUGUCAGCUAGCGUUUGGCUCACUCCCCUCCUUCACGUCAGACUUUAUCAUGGCUCUGGGAGUGUGGACACUGCUGGACCCACUGGCGGUCUUUGCAGUGGACGCCAUCCUGGGGCGUCUGUCCUACAGCUCCGAGUGGCCCGUGGCGGACGCUGCCAAACUCUACUGGCAUUUCUACCGGACGGUCGGGUCGGGGGCUGCAGGCGUGGUCAUCACCGUCUUUGUCUACUCCGUCCUCUUCCUCCUCUCCUCCACCAUCCUGUACCUCUACUUCCUCAGACUCCACAAUGAAGGACGCAUGCUAGAUAUUUUCCAGCGCCUCAGCGCGGUGGAGGGAGCCUUCUUCGUCCCGUGUGACCUGGAGGUGUCCAUCCAGGAAGUAGACUACAUCGUACAGAAGGCUGAGCAGUGGAGGGGCUUCAAUGGGGAGAGACGCAAGGUGGCAGUGUAUGACUACAUCUGGAUAGAGGGGGGCCCUUUGGCAGACCGUGCCCCCCCCAGGGGUGAACCCCGUGGAGGUGUGCCCACCGUGGGGAGCGGGAGCUGCACCCACGUGUCCAUCUACACCCUCUACCUGAGCGGGCAGCGCCACCGAUACAGGCACUUCCUACGGCAUCCAGAUGGUGCCAUCUUGGAGGUGAUCGGCGACUUGGAGUGGGAGGAUCCACCUCUCAACAAUAGGCCACUCCCAGGUCUGAGGUCACUGGAGGACAACCAGGAAGACGAAGGCCCAAGCUCCACCCUCCAGCUCAGGGAGAGGAAAAGGAGGAAGCCUAUAUGGCGAACCCAUCGUGUGGAGCCAGUAGGAGACAGUGGGCAUGGCUCAGGCUCUCCACUGCAAGGUGUCGGCCACUGAUGUCACUGUCGAGUAGAACACAGAAUUACAGGACACCCAGGUACAACUCCACCCAAAACCUCAACUGAAUGGACAUUGUAUGGACACAGUCUCAUUGGUUUGGGUCUAAUUCCUGACCUCAGGUAUUCAUAGUGUGGAACCAGUAUGAGACCGGUAUCCGUAGAAACACAUCAACCACACAGACAGCAAUACAUUAGUCUCCAGGGACAAUACGCGCCCCGGUGAUGGACAGUGACGGAUGGAUCACUGUGAGAUUUGUUCCUGAGUAAUCUACAGCAUUCUGGCCGAACAGAUGAAAUACCUCCAGACGAUGUAUGUUGGCACACCUCAGACGAUGACACUUGUCCCCUUCUGUGAUGUAUGGCCUGGUUAACGUCGCAGUCACCUGGUUCCAUAGGGCGAUGUGCCUCACUUGGGAUACAGCACAGCCAGAAUCAGGAGGCAUAAAUAGGCUGCCUAUGCAGAUGGAGCCAUUCAUUAUCCCAGAAACAAUGUGAAGUAAUGAUUCUGUGUGGCAAAUGAAUGAGGGUCAUUAGGUCUUCAUUGCUGCCCCAACAAAAUGAAAAAUUACAAUUUUAAAAGUCACCAAUCAAGGCUGAAGUGAUAAAAUAUCAAUAUUGGGCCCACAUAAAGCUGGAUGAUAUUCGGGGUUGGGGUUGAUUUGUAUUGGAUAUGUGUCUGGUGGCCGGUGCUUGACGGAACGAAGUGGGCCACAAAUCAGCCCAUAAUGGCUGUCUACUUAUACAUAUAGCCUAAUUAAAGGUUGUGAGCUUAUUAACAUGUGUCGCUGGAGCUACGUGUGCAGGAUGGAAUCGGUUGGCGCGGCACGAGGCUGGCCUGUAAAGGUUUUAUAGAUAACCUGUCAUACUAAACCACAUAGGGGCUAAUAUCGGAUGUUAAUAACCUGUCAUACUAAACCACAUAGGGGCUAAUAUCGGAUGUUAAUAACCUGUCAUUUUCAUUGAUGAUGAUCCCUCUUUAUGGCUGGCCAUUAUCACACCACCGACCUGUUGGAGACCCGACCGAGGCCUUCUGGGACGGUGAACCGGCCCGGGUGCUCAUUAUGUCUACCUUUGGCCUUGAUGUUGCUCCAGACCUCUAUGUAUAAACCAUCAUAGCCAUGACCUAUGCACACAGUGCCGCAGACAGAACCGAGCAGCCAGCUAGCCUCCUCCCUGUGAACCACACGACUCAGAAGCUCUUGGACGACUGCUGAUUUAAACGUCUCCUUGAAAUAUAGACGCCGAGGCACUAUUUGCAGGAUUCCACCAGGACAAAGUGUCUUCACAAGCUUAACGUGAGUAUGAAUUAAGGGGCACGUUUCACGCUGUUCUCCUGUAACAUUUUGACCCUAUAAGUUCCUGAUCAGUGUUUGCUGUGUAGUGUUCCAUUAUGCAGAAGUGUUUCCCGAACUUGGUCCUCGGCCCCCAAAAUCGGGCACAUUUAAUAAAAACGGUAUUCAAAUUAGACAUGCCUCAGAAACGGCUAGGGGUUUUACAACCUACAGUCAGUACUUCCUUUCCCAGUUUCCACUAUAUUCCAUAGCCACAAAGUCUCCUUUGGCUGUAUCUGUAAUGCAGUGCUUUUGAACUGGGUAUGGUAAAGUGACUACAGUAAACAGACUAUGGGUUGGCAACCUUUUCAUCAACUGAAUAGCUGAAUUCUGACACCACUCCUUGAGAAAUAAACUCAUUAUCAGAUUGAAACUCCUGUCUCAGUUGGUUAUGGACCAGUGCUAUUCCUCAGAACCCUGGCAUCUAAUUUGUAUGGAGCUCUUUGUUUGUACUUGCCAAUUUGCGGUUUUGAUUGUGUUGUUUUUACGUUGUAGUGCUGAAAGACGUGUGCAGUUGUCUUUGGACCCCACCUGUCUUGUUCUAUAUUUUGUCUGGUGUGAUACUUUGUGUGGACCUCUGGAAGAGUAGCUGCUGCUUUUCUCUGUGGCUUAGCAGGACCCUAACCAUUGUUGCCUUUCAUGAACUGAUCCCUGCUAAGGUUUGUGUUUUUCUUCCUUCUGUCAUUGACCCUGCUGAUAGUGACUCUGUUUAAGGUGUACUAUUACUAGGUUAUGCUUUACCAGUCUUCAGCUUGUGAAAGGGUGUCUGCUAUGCAAAUGUUAAAAAAAAAAUCCUAAAUUGAUGUUAUGUUUGUUUGUUUUUUGCUCUUUUUUCAUUUAAGGUUAUGGUUACACAUAAAAAGAAAAUGCUGUUAAUGGUUAUGGUCACAAGGGAAGUUGUACAUGUGGCCUGUAGUUUCACAUGUUCUGUACUUUUGUGUGAUAAUGUUUUUGUCUUGUAUGUGAUCCUCCAUACUGUUCCAGGUUUAAAUUUUUUGUUGUUCAUUCAAACCUGGAUUUUUGGCACAGUAGAAAAUAUUCUAAUAAGUUAGAUGAUAGAUGUUAUCCAUUAGGUUUGAAAUAAAAUUGAAAUAAAAAAGAAAGAAGAUUGCAGAAAUAGGCACGGUAAUGAAUUUGUGGCUAGGGAUGACCAUCACCCUAAAGUCUCACUGCUUCCUGGUUUCCUGCCCCUGACAUUACCCAGAAGUCUGUGGAGCUAAUCUUCGCCAAUUAGAGAUCACUCCAUUAGGAGUGACAGCACCACACCCCCCAAUUCAAUCAGCUUCUCUAAUGAAUGCUGUGCAGAUCACCCUGUCUGUGACUCAAAAACCAGAGAGACCUAUGCACACACGCGCACACACACACACACACAUACGAACACACAGACACACUCUUCCACAAAGAUCUCUCCCUGCCUCUUCUGUCUUAAGUUGAUCUUAUCCACCAUCCACCAUGUGCGGUCAGGCUCAGUCCCCAUCUCCCCUUUAUAUCCACUGACCAAGGUUUAUUUAUUCUUACAAAUAUAUUCGGUAAGAGGUUUUUACUGUAACAGUUUUUUACUUUCAUCGAUUCAUUAUAACUGUGGAAUUGUUCAAGACAUCUCUGAACAGCAUGUGUAUCCAGGUGAAAUUUGACUGAAGUCAUCAAACAAUGUGUUUGUGUCGUCUUGUUAUUGUAUUGGUCUGUCUUAAUGGAAACUUAAAAU